CAUAAAACAUAAAUGGACCAGCCCGAAAUCAAAACAAAGUAUCGUACUGUCAGAAUUUUCAUGUCAUUAUCAUUAGAUUUUGUAUGGUUUUGUGAUUUUUCUUCCUCUUCAUUGGAUUGAAGAUUCGCUAGUUUCAUGAGUGAUUUUUUUCACGCUCUUCAGAGAUAGCACCUGGUUCUCAUGAGAGUUUUUCCAUACCACAAUGUCCGAUGAACGGAAAAAAUCAAUAAAUUACUAUCAUGGAAAAUUGUCUAGGGAUGAAGCUGAGUCAAUCCUUAAAAAUCAUGAAAACGCUGAAAAUGGUCUUUUCCUCAUUCGACUGAGCUCAACUGAAGUGGAUUAUGUUCUCUCUGUGCUGAGAGACAAUAAUGUCAUCCACUAUCAGAUUUUUCGCCACGGUGAAGACGCGUUUUUCUCGGUGGAAGAGCAAACUGUCAUCCAUGGCCUAGAAACUUUAGUUGAGUACUAUCAAGGAGAUGGUGCCAACGGUUCUGUCUGUCAGCUGCGGUCCUUUGUUGAAAAGGAUCCACUUCCCCAUGAUACUCGGCGGCAUGGAAUAACAAAUCUACUACAUCGCGCAACGAAAGAAGGAAAUACCGUGAUUGUGUCUGAAUUACUGAAGUCAAGGACGCGAAAUCUUGACGCCAAAGAUGAAACAGGACAAACAGCAGUUCAUCUGGCAAGUCGUGUCAGCAAAGAUGAAAACAGAAUCGAAAAGGAUGAAAUUUUAGAAAUGUUACUCAUUGCGGGGGCCAGUGCCAACUGUCGAGACAUUGACGGCUACACACCUCUGCAUUACGCUUGUCAAAACAAUUUACCGUCCACAGUAAGGAUUUUAGUUGAAGUUGGUGGGGCAAACCUUCAGUUGAGACACCCUGAAACAGCUUGGGUCCCCCUCCAUGAAGCAGCUAGCAGAGGUUUUGUGGACGUCGCUCUUGUGCUCUUAAGUCUAGGCGCUCCCACCAGGCCUCGAACAAUAGACAAUCUAACUCCAGCUUUAUUGGCACGUGCAAACAAACACUUCAAAUGCGAGGACUUGCUUGCUCAGCACCGAAAUCCUGAGCCAAAGAACACAAGGGCCAAUUGGUUCCAUGGAACAUUAGAGCGGAAUGAAGCUUUGCCUAUAUUUGAGCAAAAUGGUUUUAUUGAUGGCAUGUACCUUGUACGAUUCAGCGUCAAGUCAAAUAAUCAUGUUUUAACAAUGUGUUGGAACAAAAAGAUGCUGCAUUAUCAAAUUUUAAAACAGGGUGACUUUUGGUUCAUUGACAACGGCCCAUAUCUUGACUCGCUGGAGCACGUAAUUGAACAUUAUUCCAAAUUCUCGGAUGGUCUGCAGAUGUUACUCACAAGACCCAUUCCACCGGCUCCAAAACCGCCUGUACCAAGUUUUCCUCAAAAUUUGAAUAGACUGACCCCAACAACACUUCCAACAAAACACCGGAGAUCCAGAGAAUCUAGCACUGUUUCUGAGAAAAAACCCUCUCCGCUUCCAUCGUCUCUGUCUCUUCCACGACGGUUGAAACCAUUGCCAGCCAGUCCGUUAGGCCACCCUGUCAAUGGUCAUUCAGCUAGUCCAUUUCCCUUGUCUCUCCCUUGUGAAAAGAAAACCGAGAAAGACUUUUUUAUUCCAUAUGAGAAUAUCAUAUUAGAAGAUACCCUCGGUGAAGGGGAAUUUGGGUCUGUCUACAGAGGUAUCUAUCAAACAAGAGAAGGAUACGAAGAACCAGUAGCUGUUAAAACGUUGCACAAGAAGUACAUGCUCUCCAAUAAAGAUGAAUUUCUUCAAGAAGCCAAAGUUAUGAUGAAUCUGAAUCAUCAUUGUAUCGUUAAGUUGAUAGGAAUUUCGCGAGGAGAGUCACUCCUCAUGAUUCAAGAGCUGGUACCACUAGGGUCAAUGCUGAUGUACCUAAUAAAGAAUGCCUCAACAAUUCAACCUCGCAGCGAUCUUCAUUUAUGGGCGUCUCAAAUAGCUUGCGGGAUGCAUUAUCUUGAAGAGCAGAGGUUUGUUCAUCGUGAUUUGGCAGCAAGGAACAUCUUACUCGCUUCGAGGAAUCAAGCAAAAAUCUGUGAUUUUGGCCUCUCUCGAGCCAUGCAAGGGAAUCAGCAAAAUUACACCGCUUCACAGGGAGGCAGAUGGCCAAUUAAAUGGUAUGCUCCAGAAUCGUACAACAAUGGAACGUUUUCCAGUGCCAGCGAUGUGUGGAGUUUUGGUGUGACAUUGUGGGAAAUGUUUUCCUUUGGACAACCUCCGUAUGGUGAUAUGAAAGGCGACGAGGUGAUCAAUUUUGUGGAAGGAGGUAGCAGGCUACCGAGACCAGACAAAUGUCCUUUCGAAGUGUACCAAAUAAUGGAACAGUGUUGGUCAUACAAUGCUCGUGACCGUCCUAAAUUUGAGCAGCUAGCCAGCUUCUUCAUCCCUCAGUAUACCAAUAUGCAUGACCUCAUUCUGAAAACCGACAUCAGUUAGUACCCUUGGUUUUUCUUGUUCAUUGGUGAUUACAUGAUUAAAGGUAAUUUCAAAGUACCGCCUUCACUGGGAAAUUUUGCGACUUGUGCCAAUUUAUACACGCAAUCAUGAAAUAGAGAAAAGAAAUGAGUUCAAUAAUAACCAUAAACUUUUUGUGCCUUUUCUUCUCUCUUUAAAGUUGUUUUUUCAUAACUGUUUUGGGCAGCAUUUAUCAACGUAUUUAUAGUCCAAGAAUAAUUUUUUAUUGAAGCACCUAUUUUCCCAGGGAAAUCAGUCAAAGGGGGAGGGGGGUGUGAUAGCAUUUUUUGACGUAAGCCAUAAAACUGGUUCUUAGUUUAUCGACACCGUUUGUAUUGAACUUCAAAAACUAGAUUCAAGAUGGAACCAUAUAUAAUUGUAAAAACAAUGUAACAAAGAGUGAGUCAGAAUAAUGAAGGAGCCAUAACGAGUUGGAGCAUGGCAAGAAACUCCAACUCGUCAAAGAACUUUCUGAAAUGGCAGGCAUAUUUUACCAUGCUUUAAUCCUUUCUUCAAAGCCAAUUUCAGAUUCAACUUUUUAAAAUUUAACUCUACAAGUUUGAAUUUUUUAAUCUUUGUUUUUCGGCAUCAUUUUAAAAUUGGCAGUGCCACCAAUACUUUGUAAGGCUCCACUUGUGUUUUUUAUACUACCAGUCUUUUUCCGCUGCUAUUAUGUGGACUCCUGUUGAAAUUGAUUCUGCAGAGAGAAGUCUUAUUCAAUUGGUAGUAUUUUUCACCAUGCAAAUUGUUCUGAUUGAGAUAAAAAAUGGAUUUCAUAAAAUUACCCAUGCUUCAGAAAGUCGUGCAGAUUAAACGUCAAACUUCCCACUAAAUGUCUAAUGUGUUUCACUUUAGCCUAAGGAUGUCUGAUUUUCAAUUUACAACUUAUCAAAUCAAAUCAUGGCUAUCUCAAAGUAGGGAGGUGAUUUAUCGUUCACUUUAGGCUCAUUUGAUCCUAAAUUUUUGGGCAUUUAUCCAUUAAGUCGAUUUUGGACAAAUGGCGGCAUUUUAUGACCGAACUAAGAGUGAACGAACACAGAUUUCUCUAUCUGAUCAAUAUAAUUAAUAUUGUGCCAAUUGUUGUUUAAAUAUUUGCUAAAGGUAUGUACAGUGGAAUAUUCAGGAAUUUCUAAAUCGACAUUCUGGAGAGAAAAAUGGCAUAUUGUUUCAUUUUGUCAGAAUUCUAAACAAAUCAGCCACAGUGUCUGAUGUUAGACCAACAGUGAAUGUGACAAACUGGAAGUGAUUUGCUAUCAUGAUUUUUUUUUUGCUGUGAUGCAUCUCAGCAUUGUCCUUUUUUUCGUUUUUUCUUGCGCAAAAGUUAUUUUCAUAGGCCCCCAAAGUUUUCUCACUGGGACUUAUCAUUUAGUGUCUCUUAAGAAUUCAUAUGGCUAUUUUUCAUCAGUAAUACAUUUCUUUUAUUCUAAACAGAUGAAUGAGUUAUGUAUAACCAACGUUUUUUUCAGCAUGAUUCUCCUUGUUUGAAGAUAAUUUUUGCAUUGAUAAUGCAAAAUUAAUGCUGUCAUAUCCAUGUCAAUAAAAAAGACAAGCGGGAAA